UUUCGCAUCCGAGAGGCUGCUCUGUUGAGGUAGGUAUCCAGUUUGGAUUGUCAAAGGUCAGCGAGUGAGCCAGCGGGAGCGCUCGAUCGUACCAUCGCAGGCAGUCGCUGAGUACAAGGCGCUCGGUGAACAGCAGGAGCCGGUCAGUCGAAGCUGACCACUCGAAGCAUGAAGACCGCGACGAAGAUGCUACCGGCGAUUCUGCUGCUGUCGCUGUUUCUUAGCUCGGGGCAGUGGCAAAGCGUUGAUGGGCAGUUCCUGGGGGGCAUCAAAGACAAAGUGCUGCCGACCAACCUGGCCAGAGGCAUAUCCGAGGGUGUGAGCAGUACGCUGGGUAACGCGACCACCGGUCUGAAAAACGCCACCCUCAAAGCCCAGGACAAGAUCGGAGAUGCCGCCAAAGCCAUUGGUAAAGCGACGAAGAGCGCGGUAGACACUGCCCAGAAUGCGGCGGUGAAGAUCGGCAACGCGACGAUCGGCGAGGUGAACGACUGCCUGGGCCUGGGCUCGACUCUGUCCUCGCAGUUCGAGGCCCUGCUGAAGAAGGACGACAACGGCACGAGGGCACAGGACGCCCACUUCUACCUGUACUCGCGCAACCAGCCCCGCCAGGUCGAGGUCAUGAUCGGCAAGCAGUUCGGCCUGGAAUGGACCGACUUCGAGGUCAGGCGCAACACCGUCGUCAUCGUCCACGGCUUCCUCUCCAACGGCAACGAGACCUGGAUCAAGGAGAUGGCCGACGCCUUCCUCUACAUGGCUGACGUUAACGUAAUUGUCGUUGAUUGGAGCGAUGGCGGCGAUACAUACAAUUAUUUGAAAGCAGUUGUAAACACGCAGACAACCGGAAAUCAAAUUGCAACAUUUUUCGGCCAAAUCGCAAAUUACACAGUCGAGCGAAACGGACCCACGAAGGAGCAAUGGGGUAGCAUCCACUGCGUUGGACACAGUUUGGGUGCUCACAUUUGCGGGUAUGCGGCCAACGAAAUCAAGCGCCGCGGAGCUGAUUGGAAAAUCCGCAGGAUAACCGGCUUGGAUCCGGCUCAGCCUUGCUUCAAAACUGCAGAUCUAGCUCUGAAAUUGGACAAAAACGAUGCGCCGUUCGUCGACGUCAUUCAUACCAAUGGCCAAUUUUUGAAGAAACUUGGAUUGGGCCUCCCGCAACCUAUUGGACACAUCGAUUUCUUCCCUAACGGCGGAAAACAACAGCCCGGUUGCGCACUGACCAGCUUUACAAUACCAGUAUUAUCCAUACCCAGAGAAGCUAUAAACAAGGCGAUCUGCAGUCAUGGUCGAUCAUACUUGUACUUUACGGAAUCGAUAGUCAACUCGGUGUCGAACAACUGCACUUUUGUUGCACACCCGUGGGACCGAACAUAUCGAAACAUUGAUCAAGUCUUAUCCAUAAAUUGCCAAUCAAAUAUGUGCAGUGAAAUGGGAAUCAAUAGCGAUAAAUUUAAAUUUAGAGGUUCAUACUUUACUUUGACUUCUUCGGUUCAGCCAUACUGCCAUGCUGGAUAUUGGGAUAGAGAAGAAGCUAAAGAAAUCUUAAAAGACGACUUCAAAGAUACUUUAGAGGAUUAAAGCGAGAGGAUUGAGCAUUAAGCAAUCUUAAAUUAAAAAUAAACAACAAAAAAAUCAACAUGAAGUUAAUAAAACAAAUAUUUGGAAAACUAUAAAACUCAUAGCUAUUCCGUAAUAUUACAUAGAGUAGUAUAGUGCAGGCACAAAAUAAUUAUGGAAAUUUUACUGGUUUUAAAUAACUAUAAAAGAUGUUUUUAAAUUUCGAAUUUAGCGCAAUCCUAAUCAGUUUUUAUUUAUAAUUUUUGUAUUAUCAUAAGAAAGUAUUUGUUUUGUAGUAUAAUCUCUUCAUAUUUUUAAUGUGCGACGAAUACAUCCCCUGCUUUUAUAUGUGUACAUCGCAAUAUAUCGUACAAAGUUAUUAUAAAAUAAAAGAAUUAUAAAUAUUUUGUAACAAA